GCAGGCAGACGAUAUCCAGAAGUUCCGUAUUAGAUUAUUGUUGUAUUUCUAAAUGAAUUUAUCCAGUAGUCUCUGGUACCAAUAAUCUUUUGUUUGAAUAUAUUUUGGAACGAAAACAAAAAGAAGUUCUGUUCAAAAAUCACAUACAAAGAAAGUAAAAAUUUUUUAUUAAAAAAAAAAACUGCUUUAUUGCGGAAAGUAUAUGUCGUUGGAUGCUUUUCCAUUCUUUAAUUUACUUGAGAAAUGAUUCGAAAACUGUCCUUGCUGAGUGAUCUUUGUGAAUCAAAGAGAAGAAAACUAAAUUCGCUUCAAGAAAAUGGAUCCACUAACGGUAAGAAUUAUACUCCUACAGACACGGGCAGUGCUUUGUUGUAUUUAACAUCCAUUUUUCCUACUGAGAAGUUUCAGAAUCGUCUCCCACCAUUAGUCUUUAGGCAUCAAAUUUAUGCUUUCGUUAAGUGUCGUACUGAAGUGGAUAGGUGCUUGAAUGAAAUGAAAAAGCAAGGUGUUGUUAGAAUUUUUAAACUUGGCAGCAAUGAAGAUGAUGUAUUAGUUGUUUAUAUGAAAGAUUACAAGCAGCAUGUGGAAAAAUGCUGCCUAAACAACAUUACUGUUGCCAAUUUCAUGAAUAUUGUUUUUGAAUGUCCAGACAUGAGUUACAGUAAAAAUGUCCUAAAUGAAUAUGGAAUGAAAGAUGAAAACAUAAGUGAGCUUAUCCAGCAAGGUGUUCUAACAGCAAGAGAUGUUGGCUGCUAUUGGCUUUCUAUUCCAAGAGUUGGAGAAUUUGUCAAAACCUUUUUAUAUGGUCGAAGAGCAACAUUACAGUAUGUUCGAAGAACAAAAUAUAAAGAAAUUUUGCAAUCAGAACUGCGGCAAAGGAAAUUACCCAGAAAGGCAUUAUUAGGAAUUUUGUAUCACAUUUAUGACAUUAUUGGCUCAGAUUCAGUCACUUGUGUUGAAACUUCUAUGGGUACUGUACUUCGACUGCAGACUAAUUUAGUCAACAAUCGAUAGCAGUUUUAAAUAUGGACUAUUUUGCUACCUCUUUAUAAAAAGUUCAAACUUAUUUAUAUGAAUUAAAAAUAUAUAAAGUUGUUGCGUUUGCCCUCUUAUUUAUUAAGACAUUUAUUUAUGUUUUGAGCACUGUAAAUGCUUCCUGUUCCUAUGUUGGUUAUACGAGACUAGAGCAUUAUGUGUCUCAGCUUCUAUAUUAAUAAACACUCUAACACUGAAUUAUUUAUUUUUAUGUAUUUGAAAAAAUGGUUUUGCUUUCAUGUAAAUUUUAUACAGAAGCUUAAAUUUUUGUAUGAAAAUUUUCUACUUUAAUUUUAGACCAUAGAAUAUUGUCCAAAAUAUUUGUGAUGUGUCUUAUAUGUCUUCCAAAAGUAGUGCAUUCUAAUUUUGUUUGUUAUGUUUAUUAUUGUCUUGUACGCUUAAUUAUUUAUUGAAUGAAUUUUAAAAAUUAUUUAUUGCAUUUAACUGUUCAUUUAUUUUGCUUUUACUGUGUACGUUGACGUUCAAUGUAUUUAUGAAAAUAUGAAACCCAAA